UCCCCAACCACGCACAGCCGGCCUCCGGUCCGUGGGAGGAGGGCAUGCUGGCAUGGCAGGAUGGCGGGGCCAAGGCGGCCCCUUCUCACCACAAGAUUUCUUUCUCUGUCCUGGACAUCUUGGAUCCGCAAAAAUUCACGCGAGCUCCGCUCCCGCCGGUGCGUCUAGCUGUCCAGGAAGCCAAGAAAAGUUUGGUGGAGGUGGAAGCAGGGGAGGACGCCAGCCCCGGGUCGCAGGAGACCCCUGAUGCCGCGGGCGGAGGUACUGGCCCCUCGUCCCCUCUGGAAGGUUCCGAAGCGGAAGAGGAGGAGGAAGCAGAGGAUGCGGGGCGCGCGCAGCGGCGGGAGCGGCCGAAGCGCUGGCAGGGGGUUCACGAGGGUUCUCCAGAAGCAGGGGAGGUGGCAGCGGGAGCAGGGGAGAGCGGCGCGGACGGGCUCCCAGCGUCCCCCGGUUCCCCCGGCUCUCUGCGGUCCCGGCGCCGGCGAUCCGAGCCUAGCUGCGCCAAGCCACGGCGCGCGCGCACCGCCUUCACCUAUGAGCAGCUAGUGGCCCUGGAGAACAAGUUCCGAGCCACGCGCUACCUGUCGGUGUGCGAACGCCUGAACCUGGCGCUGUCGCUCAGCCUCACCGAGACGCAGGUCAAAAUCUGGUUCCAGAACCGCAGGACCAAGUGGAAGAAGCAGAACCCGGGGGCCGACGGCGCAGCACAGGCGGGAUGUGGUACGCCACAGCCUGGGACACCCGGCGCGGCGGCGGGGGCCUGUGGCAGUGGCACCGGGAGCAGUCCUGGCCCACCGGUUCCGGGCGCUCUGCCCUUCCAGACUUUCCCCACCUAUCCCGCGACCAACGUCCUCUUUCCUUCCUCUUCCUUCCCACUGACGACAGCCGCCACUGGGAGUCCCUUCACUCCUUUUCUUGGGCCCUCCUAUCUGACCCCUUUCUAUGUCCCACACCUAUAAGCCCGGUACUCCAGUCGGAUCGGGAUUCCCGAGUGUUCAGUAUGGUGGUGUGGAUCCCUGCUUCACCGAGGGGCACUGACCGCCCCCUCCUGGUGUGCUGGUGUCUGUGUGCCCCUUCCCUCCAGCGGCGGGUGACGCCACCAGAGGGCGAGGAGAAGACACCUGCUCUACUCCAAAUCACACAGGCCACUGAGGGGUCGAGAAAGUGUUCAGAUUAAGCUAACUUAAAAUCUUCCAGCUUUUGGACGUCGCUCUUCACUUUCAUUCACUUCCAGGGCUCUGUUUUUAAAAGGUCCGGGUAUUCAAUACCAGGCCAAUAAGGGUUCCCAGGAUGGAGAUAGGGGGGACUCAAGAUGCCUUGGGCACCAGCUGGUAGCACCAAAGACUGAAUAUUUAAAGAUUCCAGUACAUUCAGAGAGGAAGAACUUUCCUUCCUGGUGGUGGAAUUGGCUCAACACAGUACUUCCUCUCAAAUCCUGAACAAAGCUGAAGCAAGUUGGACCCAAGGUAGAUGCAGCUAUCGAAUGGACUGUUUUCAAGAUGUGUAACUCAGCAUUUCUAGAUCUUCGUUUGAGAUUCAGGCUUGAGCUAGCUACUGAUGCUAACAGGCUGCCUGGCUUUCUGUGUGCACACUCCAUGUGUGCCAGAAAGUUUUUCAGCGUUGUGCCUAGACUGACCUGGGCAAACUCUUACCUAGCAGAUUUGAGAACAGCUUGGACGGACUACAGCAGUGCCCUAAAUGCAGAAAAAGAACAGUAAGGGGAGGGAUGACCCAAAGGCUAUGGUGAAGUCUGUGUGUGAGCUGUUGUGAUGUGCUCAUCUGUCCAUCCUGCAUCUUCAUGGACUUUCAGACUGACAAGUAGGAGCAGAGCAAGCUCCCCCCGCAGGCAUUGCAGUCAGGCAUGACAGUUUUCAAAGCCCAAUUGUAACAUUCGGAAUACCUGAGAUUCUGACUUGAAAACAAUUCUUGUUCUAAAUAGGUUUUUGGUUUUUUUUUCCUUCCCUCCUCAUGACCGUGAACAAGCAAAAGUUGUAAGGGGCUGGGAAAGAAAUACUUGCCAAAUACAAAGAGCUGUUGUGGAGACCAAAACCUUGUUGGGCUCAAGGAUAUGGUUGUUCUAACUGCUGCUUUCUUUCCCUGUUAAAACAAAGCAAAGGUAGUUUGUGAAGCUCCCUUGCUGGUUUUAUUUGAAAUACUAGUUUUCUGUGUUAUUUGGUCUUGUAGUCACACCUCAGUGACCCAGAUGACCCCAUCUCUACCGUAUUUUGUGUUCCAGCCUUACUUUUUUGAUAGCUUGAGUCCAGCCAACACCUAAAUGGAUGCUGUAUUCCUUACAAUUACUUGGCAGCCUGUACCAUUAAAAAAUAAACUUAAUGGUCAACAGCUUUAGAUUAAAAACACACACUGGAAUUAUGAACAUUAUAAUCUUGAAAUAAUUAGCUUUAUUAUUGUGAGGAAUGAUAGCAAAUAUCGCUCCAUUCUUCAACUUAAAUGACGACUUCCAUGUUCUGGGACUUGAUCUGUGAGUAUGAAUUAUUUCAUUGUGCAUUUGAUAAUUUGACUUUUCCCCUUCUGUUCUGAAGAAUAAUGUCCCCAAACACUGCAUCGUAACUUCUCAAUGGAUAGUUGGUGCCAGACGAGAUUAGAAGUGGAGUUACUACAGUAGGGAGUAUAAUUUUAUUCAUGCUGGUAAACUGUCCGCCAGUGACCACUUGUUCUCAACAACAGCAUCCCUGGUCUGUGAACAGAUACUUCAAAUGCUCUAAGAUAAGAUCUGGACAAGGAGGUCAAAUUCCUGUACUGAGUGGGAAACAUUUCACUCCAGCUCUCCUAGGGCCGGAACAUAGACUUCAGAGGAAGUGGAGACCUAGCCUUGUGAUGUCGCUGAAACCCUUCCUCAUUCUACACUGUCAGAGGGUGAUAUCUGAAGUGUUUGACUUUGGACUUCUUUAAAAGGCCCAGCAACGAUCCGACUAACUCCUUAGACUUGUUUUUAUUGAUAUGGUGGCCUAAUAAAUUCUUUUUGUAAUCA